CCUCAUCCUCAUCCACAGUCUGUGGACUUAUCCGUGUGGGCAACAGGGGUGCAUUUAAAAUGCCCCCAAUUUUUAAAUUGAUCCAAUCCGCGUAGAACCAAGUCGUUCCCCGCAAAUUCUUGAAUCCGCAGUAGCGUGGAUUUGACAGUAAAGUCCGUCACACUUUCCUCUGCGAAUGUCUCGUUCAAAUUGCAAUCGAUCACUGGGCUUAUUUUAUUGCUAAAGCCACCCCCACUUAAUUCUACAGAGGAGAUUUUUUUUCCAUCUGUGUGUGUGUGUGUGUGUGUGUGUGUGUGUGUGUGUCUGUGCCAAAUUCUCAACCAAGUAGCCGCACGUGCUUCUCACAAUACCGCGCUUUUAAUUUAAAUUUUGCAUCCCCUUCAUGUGCGCAUUGUUUUUGAUAAGCGUGAGACACUGACUGACCGGCGGAGAGCUCGUGCUGCAGGAGCGGAAGGUGCGCGAGACUCGGUUUGGAUCACACACACACACACACGAUGAGUGCGCGCGGUGAGGAAGCCGCCGGCGAAGCUUCAGGAUCGCAGCCCGAGUCCGAGCCCGCCCCGCCUGAGCCAAAGAAGAGGGGACCGGGUAGACCCAGGAAGCCGCAACAGGAACCCACAGGAGAGCCUGUCCCCAAACGACCGAGGGGACGCCCCAAAGGAAGCAAGAACAAGGGCCCCUCCAAAGCAGUGCAGAAGAAAGCUGAGACCACAGGGGAGAAGAGACCUCGAGGAAGACCCAGGAAAUGGCCACAGCAAGUGGUCCAGGAAAAGCCCGCUCUGGAAGAAGAAGAGGAGGAGGCGGAGCAAGAAGAGGACUAAGCAACCACAGGAUUUUACCUCUACCUCAUCCAGCUGUCAGCUCUCUCCGAGGGAAAAGACUGCCUUGACCACUUAUUAUUGACUUCCCACUUUCGUUUGAUCAUUUUCGUUUGUUUAUUUUCAUUUUUUCUCAUCGGUUUAUUUGGGUUUGGUUUCGUUUUGUGAUCAACACACACAACACCUCAGAGCGUAACCUGAAAAAAAAAGACGCAAAUGCAAACAAACAUCUUGCAGAUGACAUUUGAAGCCGCCUGGCUGUUUCCACUUCCCACAAAACAGCUGUAAGCACAUAGGUGCAGGGGUUAAACAUACAGGCUGUGCUACAGUGGUUCUUUUCACCACACACAAACACACACAUACACACUCUUGUUGACUGAUUUUUCAGAUAACAUUGGCAAAGUAGAAGGUGAAACUGUCUGGGUUUGUCAUUCAACAUGUGGUGCUUCUUAUAUCUGGGUGGAGCUUGCACAAGACCCCCCCCCCACAGUAUCGUACCACCAAAGACCAUUUUCCCUUCCCCGUCCACUUCAUUUUGAUGUUUUGACCAAAAUGAAAGUGAGCUUUAAAAGUAUUUGCCUUAAAACUGCAAACAGAGCCUUAAACCUAUUAGUUUCUAUCAUUUAAAAAUGUGCAAGUUGAUACCUCAAAAUGAAAAUUGUUAUCAUCGACUCAUUUUCAUGUUUUUCAAAAACCCAUUCGACUUUGUUUCUUCUGUUGAACACAAAGGGAGAUGUUUUGAAAAAUGUCUGUGCCUUCUUGAGUCUUUUCUAUACAAUGAAGUGAAUGGUGAGCGCAGUUGUUGAGGAAGUAUUUCAGUGUAUAAAAACAUAAAUUUAAAUGUAUUUAGCACCCAAAGCUGUCAUAUGCUGUCAAAUUUUUUUUUAGCUUGAUCUCCAUUCCGUUUCAUUAUGUGGAAAAGUGCAACAUGAACUAUAUUCAAAACAUCUGUUUUUGAGUUUUACAGAAAAAAGUUAGUCAUACAGGUUUGGAAGAAGUAAAUAAUGACAGAAUGUUUAUUUUCUGGUAAAUUAUCCCUCAUUUACUGUCAUACCCAUGUCCCUCGUGUCCUUGGUGGUGAUUUAUUAUUUUUUGAAACUGAUAACCGUGAACACUAAAUGUCUCAUUGGGACACCGUUUUCAGCAUUACUGCAGAACAGUAGUUCUACUGUACAUAUCUUCACGUCUUCGGCUUUGCUUAAUUAACAUACGUGUACAAAAUUGUGUUUUUAUUUUCUUGUAUGACAUAGCUUUAAGAAAAUAAGUUUUUGACAAAUUCAGUGAAAGGGAAAUAUAUCAACUCAGUCACGACCUAAACCUCAAGAAACACAGGAACAAAACCACACUAUACCUCAUUAAACACAGAAAUACCUGAAUUGCGGCGAUGGCGUCAAACGGCAUUCGGCGAAUCCUAACGUACGCCGACGUUGUCAUCAAUGCAAUAUCUCCUCACCGUUUCGAAAGCUACCUCUGAUUUCUUCAACCAGCAAACCAGCUCAAAGAGACACGCGCUGCUAGUGUUCUCAUUACAAAGCAGGGGAUGGCAGUGAGUGCCAACGUUGAAAACAAACCUUGUUGUAAGGGCAGGUGAACAAGUCGGGGAGGUAAUAACUCAAUUCUGAGGUCUGUUUGUAGUCAUAUGUAGAACUAAUCAUGCAGCUAAGGGGAAAAAAGUACUGUGUUUUGUUCUAGUUAUUUUGUUCUUUUUUUCACAUUAGCAUAUAUCUGACAUUUGUAACUAGACACUCUUGUCUCUGCAGCUGGGAUGUCUGUUUUACAUUUUUAACUUGAAUAUAUAUUUUGUACUGAUUAUUCAAUGGUUUCUAAGGAUCAAGUGCUUGUAUGACACUAAAUGAUAUUGUUGCGAAUGGAUUUUUCUUUUCUUUCCCUAUUUUUUCUCUCCACUAUUGCUCUGAAUUUAUAGUUUAGUUCCUAUGUACUAUUCAGAUAUGUACCUCAAAAAAAAAAAGGAUAAAAUGGACUAAUAAUCAGCUGACAAAUACCUACCUCCAGUCUUGAAAAUGGAAAACCUUUUUUGCCUGGUUUCUUUCAGUAUGAAUGUACUGAAAAAGACUUCAGGUCUGCACAAGAUCCUGUUAUACAAACAUAUUACAUUUAAAUGAAUUUUGCUUUCAUUUUAAUUCAGCUGGUGGAGUAGAUGGCUAAGGAAACGACUACACACACAAAUACACAUAACAAAAAAGAAAAAGAAACUUGAAACAUUUCAGGUUUGAAAAAAUAUGUUCGGGUUUUGUAUAUUGCAUAUAUGGAUAUGUUUUUGAAAAUUAGUAGAUAUUGAGAUAUACUUGAUUAGUGAUUUUUGUGAAACAUACACAAAUGUGAUUUUCUUUUUUUCUUCUUCAGAUGUAUAUGUAAUGCAUAUGUAGUUCAAGAAUACACCUUUUCAACCUGUCACCAUGAAAACCUUAAGAAAAAGUUAGCAUGGUAAUCUCAACUGGGCCUGAGGUAGAGCCUCAGAGGAAGCUAAUGGAACUGUUGGCAUGCCCCUUGAACUCACAAUGGCAUGUAAUGACCGUCUUUAUAUGCGGCAGCUUGGCUUUUGCCACAAACCAACAUUGAACGUUGCUCAAACACUGUAAUGCUAUUACCUAAAUGGUUACAGUUCUUGUAAAAGUGUCAGUUUUCGAAUCGGACCGCUUCUUUACUCUCCUACGAGUUCAACAGAUGUAACAGUUGCUUGUUUAAGUGGAUGGAUGGUGUUUCUCAGCCCGACCUCAGUGGUGGUUGCGUUUUAACACUGUUUUGAGGGCGUUUUCGGGAGAUCUGUACAUAAUGGCAACUGAGGCGCACUGCUUUCAGCCCUCGUUAAACUUGGCAUUGUGUUCAGAUACUUCCUAUGUUGGUUUGAAUAUGUAUCCAAAGGAGCCACUGUUCAUGUGCUUUCAAACUCUGGGUGUCUUAAUGAAGAUGAAGUUGUAUUUUCAUGACAACAUGUUCCAGUACAAUCGAAUACACUUUUCUACCUCCAAGAGGGCCUCCUGUUACCUCAUUUUUUUUUCAAACUUACUAUCUGCUUAAAUUCAGGUGCCUAUGUCCAGAGAGAAUGGCGUAAAGUUUUAAAUUUCUAUAUAUAAAUCUAUAUAUUCAUAGUUUAUUUUUGUGUGUUUGGGGGAGGGGGGGGGGGGGUUGUUUUAUAAGACUGUAACUCUCUGCCUCUCAGUCACAAGUCAGGUAUGACUGGACAAUUUGACUUGUUUUUAAAAUGUUGUCUUACAUUUAUGCAUUUUUUUGUAGUUUCUGCGGCUGUGGAGAUGGAAAAGUAUCACUAGGUGGUUACUCUCAGCUUUCCUCACUUGAUAUAUAACAUGUUUUCUAACUAUUAUGGCUGUUUCACUUAGUAUUGCUCUUUGUGAUUUCACUUAAAAUUGCUUGCUUGUUUAAAAAAAGUACAAAAAAAGAAAACGUAUUAGAAAAAAUGUCCUCUUUAUACGUAUCCACCUCUUUAUUCAGCACAAUAAAAAAGGUGUCUGUGA